CAUCUAUUAGUUUCCAGUUACUUUUCCCUGUCACUAUCGAAACCAACUUCAGCUCAAGUAAACUGUCAAAGUCAAAACAAUCCCAACUCGAGUUCUUUUUCCGGUCAGCCAUAAGACCAAUACCAAAAUGAGGAAGAUUAUGAAAACUGGGAAAGUCGUAAUCGUCCUAGCGGGACGUUACGCAGGACGUAAGGCAAUCAUCGUCAAAACCUUCGACGAUGGCACAUCUGAGAAGCAAUUUGGACAUGCCCUCAUCGCUGGAAUCGAUCGGUACCCGCGCAAGGUGACCAAGAGCAUGGGCAAAGCCAAGCUAAAGAAGAAGUCCAAGAUCAAGCCUUUCAUGAAGCUUCUCAACUACAAUCACUUGAUGCCAACACGUUACACAGUUCAAGAUAUUCAAUUCGAGAAAGUGACAGUCAAGGACUUGAAGGAUCCAAUCAAGAGGAAAACACAUCGUUUCCAGACCCGCGUGAAGUUCGAGGAAAGGUAUAAGGCUGGCAAGAAUAAAUGGUUCUUCCAGAAGUUGCGUUUCUAAGCGGGAGAGCACACGACAGAAAGAUCAUUUUUAAGGAUCCGAUAUGUUAAAAAUCGAACACUAAGGAAAGUAAUAAAUAACGUAAAAAUCA